CGCGGGGCCUUCGGCCUGGGCCGAGCGGGGGAGCGAGGGCACCGCAGAUCUUUCAUCGGGAUAGGACCCCGGGGACUAGGCUUCUCCCGGGCCGCUCGUUCCUGGCCGGCUUGUGGGCUGCAGGGGUGGGGGCGGAGGAGGAGGACCCUGGCUGGACGCUGGUCAGCAUCCUGCUUGUGAGACCGGUUCCGCGGUCCGCAGCGCUGGUGGCUGCAAGGUUUGUGUACGGACGCAUCUGUCGGCUCUCGUAUUUAAAAACGACGGCUUCUGCCAAAAGAGAAAAGCCGUAUCUGCCAACGGACGCUCAAGAGAUAAUCGUGGAACUUUAUCAGCGAUGGGGCUGUUGGUCACCUUUGCCCUCCCUCUCUUUUCUUUUUUCUUAAUCUUUUAUUUUCGUUUUUUGGGAGAUGUCAGAGGGCCUUUCCCUAUUAGGAUGACUUUUAUCUUUGCUCUUGUAAUGGCUCAAGAUAGUUGGGAGGAACCUAGAAAGAUUGUACAAUGAAUGGUGAUUCUCGUGCUGCGGUGGUGACCUCACCACCCCCGACCACAGCCCCUCACAAGGAGAGGUACUUCGACCGAGUAGAUGAGAACAACCCAGAGUACUUGAGGGAGAGGAACAUGGCACCAGACCUUCGCCAGGACUUCAACAUGAUGGAGCAAAAGAAGAGGGUGUCCAUGAUUCUGCAAAGCCCUGCUUUCUGUGAAGAAUUGGAAUCAAUGAUACAGGAGCAAUUUAAGAAGGGGAAGAACCCCACAGGCCUAUUGGCUUUACAGCAGAUUGCAGAUUUUAUGACCACGAAUGUACCAAAUGUCUACCCAGCAGCUCCGCAAGGAGGGAUGGCUGCCUUAAACAUGAGUCUUGGUAUGGUGACUCCUGUGAACGAUCUUAGAGGAUCUGAUUCUAUUGCGUAUGACAAAGGAGAGAAGUUAUUACGGUGUAAAUUGGCAGCGUUUUAUAGACUAGCAGAUCUCUUUGGGUGGUCUCAGCUUAUCUACAAUCAUAUCACAACCAGAGUGAACUCCGAGCAGGAACACUUCCUCAUUGUCCCUUUUGGGCUUCUUUACAGUGAAGUGACUGCAUCCAGUUUGGUUAAGAUCAAUCUACAAGGAGAUAUAGUAGAUCGUGGAAGCACUAAUCUGGGAGUAAAUCAAGCCGGCUUCACCUUACACUCUGCAAUUUAUGCUGCACGCCCGGACGUGAAGUGCGUUGUGCACAUUCACACCCCAGCAGGGGCUGCGGUCUCUGCAAUGAAAUGUGGCCUCUUGCCAAUCUCCCCGGAGGCGCUUUCCCUUGGAGAAGUGGCUUAUCAUGACUACCAUGGCAUUCUGGUUGAUGAAGAGGAAAAAGUUUUGAUUCAGAAAAAUCUGGGGCCUAAAAGCAAGGUUCUUAUUCUCCGGAACCAUGGGCUCGUGUCAGUUGGAGAGAGCGUUGAGGAGGCCUUCUAUUACAUCCAUAACCUUGUGGUUGCCUGUGAGAUCCAGGUUCGAACUCUGGCCAGUGCAGGAGGACCAGACAACUUAGUCCUGCUGAAUCCUGAGAAGUACAAAGCCAAGUCCCGUUCCCCAGGGUCUCCGGUAGGGGAAGGCACUGGAUCGCCUCCCAAGUGGCAGAUUGGUGAGCAGGAAUUUGAAGCCCUCAUGCGGAUGCUCGAUAAUCUGGGCUACAGAACUGGCUACCCUUAUCGAUACCCUGCUCUGAGAGAGAAGUCUAAAAAAUACAGCGAUGUGGAGGUUCCUGCUAGUGUCACAGGUUACUCCUUUGCUAGUGACGGUGAUUCGGGCACUUGCUCCCCUCUCAGACACAGUUUUCAGAAGCAGCAGCGGGAGAAGACAAGAUGGCUGAACUCUGGCCGGGGCGACGAAGCUUCCGAGGAAGGGCAGAAUGGAAGCAGUCCCAAGUCGAAGACUAAGUGGACUAAAGAGGAUGGACAUAGAACUUCCACCUCUGCUGUCCCUAACCUGUUUGUUCCAUUGAACACUAACCCAAAAGAGGUCCAGGAGAUGAGAAACAAGAUCCGAGAGCAGAAUUUACAGGACAUUAAGACGGCUGGCCCUCAGUCCCAGGUUUUGUGUGGUGUAGUGAUGGACAGGAGCCUCGUCCAGGGAGAGCUGGUGACGGCCUCCAAGGCCAUCAUUGAAAAGGAGUACCAGCCCCACGUCAUUGUGAGCACCACGGGCCCCAACCCUUUCACCACACUCACAGACCGUGAGCUGGAGGAGUACCGCAGGGAGGUGGAGAGGAAGCAGAAGGGCUCUGAAGAGAAUCUGGACGAGGCUAGAGAACAGAAAGAAAAGAGUCCUCCAGACCAGCCUGCGGUCCCCCACCCGCCUCCCAGCACUCCCAUCAAGCUGGAGGAAGACCUUGUGCCGGAGCCGACUACUGGAGAUGACAGUGAUGCUGCCACCUUUAAGCCAACUCUCCCUGAUCUGUCCCCUGAUGAACCUUCAGAAGCACUCGGCUUCCCAAUGUUAGAGAAGGAGGAGGAAGCCCAUAGACCCCCAAGCCCCACUGAGGCCCCUACUGAGGCCAGCCCCGAGCCAGCCCCAGACCCAGCCCCGGUGGCUGAAGAGGCUGCCCCCUCAGCUGCCGAGGAGGGGGCCGCUGCGGACCCUGGCAGCGAUGGGUCUCCAGGCAAGUCCCCGUCCAAAAAGAAGAAGAAGUUCCGUACCCCGUCCUUUCUGAAGAAGAGCAAGAAGAAGAGUGACUCCUGAAAGCCCUGCGCUAACACUGUCCUGUCCGGAGUGACCCUGGCUCUGCCAGCGUCCCCGGCCACGUCUGUGUCCUGUCCUUGUGUAAUGGAAUGCAAAAAAGCCAAGCCCUCCGCCUAGAGGUCCCCUCACGUGACCAGCCCCGUGUAGCCCCGGGCUGACCCAGUGUGUGCUCAGCAGCCCCACCCCACCCUGCCCCUUGUCGUCUCAGAGCCUCAGCUUCUGGGGGAGACAUGCUCUCCCCACAGGUGGGAGGCACUAAGUCAUGGUCCUGGCUGGAAGGUACUGAAGGCUUCUGCAGCUUUGGCUGCACGUCACCCUCCUGAGCCUCACCUUUCCUGCCGUCCCUCCUGUUGUGAAAUCACCACAUUCUGUCUCUGCUUGGCUUCCCCUCCACCCUAAAGUCUCAGGUGAUGGACUCAGACUCCUGGCUUCAUGUGGCAUUCUCUCUGCUCAGUGAUCUCACUUAAAUCUAUAUACAAAGCCUUGGUCCCGUGAAAACACUCGUGUGCCCACCAGCGGCCUUGAAGAGGCAGGUCUGGGCCAGAUGCUGGGCAGGAAACCCCAGCGGCAGAUGGGCCUGUGUGCACCCAACGCGAUGCUAUGCAUGUCUGACCGACGAUCCCUCGACCAGAAUCAGAUUCAGGAGCUCAGUUUCUUUUUCACUUGGGUCUCUGGAUUCCUGUCAUAGGGAAGGUAUAUCAGGAGGGGAAGAGUCCUUUCUAGAAUUUUCUUUAAGCAGGUUUACAAUUUAGCUUACAUUUUUCGACUGUGAACGUGAAUAGGCUGCUUUUUGCUUUCUUCUUUCCAGACCCCACAGUAGAGCACUUUUCACUUAUUUGGGGGAGGUUUCAGGGGACUGUUCUCACCGUAACUCAGCCAGAAAGAUGCCCUAGUUGUGAUGAAAGGUAACUCGAGGUGGAGGGUAGCCCUGGGGCCCCUCGACAUCGCCGUCAUGGAUGGAGCCUGAACUGUGUGCUCCUCGGCAGAUGCUGUUGUUGUUACUUCCCUGCAAGAGGCUGGAAAAGGGCUCAGAGCUGCUGAUCAGGAACCGGAGGGUGACCCAUUUCAGGAGCUGCCAGUACCAGCCUGACUAGGUGUAGGCAAGCUUAUGUGGGCCCAGCAGGCCCCUGGUAGAGCUGGUGCCAGAUGUGGGCUCAGAUCCUGGGCAUGAUGGGCCGAGCCACCUCAGAUCCCACUGACUGGCCAGCCGAGCGAGAACCAGGCCGCUGCAUGGCACUGACCGCUGCUUCCAGCUUCCUCUGAGCCGCAGGGCCUGCUACGCGGGCAAGUGUGCUGCCUCUCUUCUGUGUCGUUUUGUUGCCAAGGCAGAAUGAAAAGUCCUUAACCGUGGACUCUUCCUUUAUCCCCUUUUAUCCCUUCCUUUACCCCACAUAUGCAAUGACUUUUAAUUUUCACUUUUGUAGUUUAAUCCUUUGUAUUACAACAUGAAAUAUAGUUGCAUAUAUGGACACCGACUUGGGAGGACAGGUCCUGAAUGUCCUUUCUCCAGUGUAACAUGUUUUACUCACAAAUAAAAUUCUUUCAGCAA